CCCUCGGGCUCCGCCCCCUCCCCAGCCCCUCCUCGCGGCGGCCGAUCCCCGGCGGAGCGGAGGGCGGGGCGUUGGCGGUCGAUGGCUGAAAACCGGGCCCGGCGGCGCGGGCCGAGCAGAGGGUGGGCGGCCGCGGGGCUGGCGUGGCCGCGAGCACGAGGGGCCGCUGCAGCAUGCCCGGCGCGGCCGUGGGCGCCGCGCGCCUCUGCCUGCUGGCGCUGGCGCUGCCCGGCUGGAUGGCCCGAGGAAGUGAGGAAGGAGGAACCCUGCACCGGCGGCACGAGCUGGUCAUACCUCAGUGGACGCCUGUGGAGCCCGAGGGCCUUGUGAGAGAGAAGCAUCCACGCCGUGCCGAGCUCAGGGUGAAGGCCGAGGGCCAGGAGCUGGUCUUGGAUCUGGAGAAGAAUGAGUAA